UUUGCCUACAAAUUCAAUUAGAAUAGAUAUAAAUUUCAAUCGGUUGAUCUAUUGUAGAGCAAAGUGAUCUAUACGUUGUGUAUAUUUGGUGUUGCAAGCUGACCAAAAUAGGGGCUGACGAAGAAGAGGGGCUCCUGAUAUGUGUGCUUUUUCCCGGACGAGCCUUGGUGUUUGCUGGCUCCUGGCAUGGACUUCGUACCAUUACCGGUAUUCUUUUAUUUCUUCCGCUAUACCGGCGAACGGAGAACUCAGUUGAAGAAUAGGGACCUUCCUACCUCCAAGGCAUCUACAAAGUUGUCUUUACUCAUUACUCAAUCCGAGCCGCUCGCUAGCACCCACUACUAAGUACCGGAAGUGUCAACAAAGCCGGAGACAAUGUCUGCCAAUACAACAACAACAACAACCCCUGCGACCGAGACCACUCCACGUUCGGAAUCCAACGAGGCACCGAAAUGUGCGAAAUGUGAAAAGACCGGGCCCGAAACCACAUCCGGGAGCCUCUUGACUUGCUCGCGCUGUCGUUCGACCAAAUACUGUUCCAAAGCGUGCCAGAAAGCCGACUGGAAGACGCACAAACGGAGCUGUGGACCCAACGGUCCGACCAACACGUCUUCGUCUUCUUCUUCAGGCCGAAGAGUUAAAGGCCUCCAGGUCGCCAUCGACAAGCCAUUCCAUGCCCUCCAUAGCAAGACGUGGCUGCACAACCGCCCCAAAGAAGACACUUACCGACUCCUGAUCGACUGCUUCCGUCUUCGGCAAGAGGACGAUUACAAGUUCUCUGGCGAAUUUUCUAUGGAAACCGAAGAUGGUGCCAGUGGGCGCCCGUUCCGACGAUUCCUAGCGAAAGCGAAGAGUCGCAACGGCGUGCUCCCUCCGUGGUGGACGGCGCAAGACGAUGAAGACGUCCUGAGCAUGGGAUUGUCCCGGAACGAGGAAUGGGCUCGAUUCAACGCCGGAGUGGAAAAGAGCGAUAUCAUCGAGCGAUAUGGCAAUCCGCAGAUGCCGAUGCAGCUCCGUCUGCUAGGAGAACAGAUCAUCGGUUCGGGCCCGGGAGGAAUGGGUGGAGAACACGUGAUACAGCUCCAGAUGCAGAUUGAGGCUGGAGAGCUCUAUGGAUCAAUGAUGGGACUGUGAGCAGGAAGAAUGAUGGAUGCAGUGCCGUUGUACGGGCGCUUCCCCGUAUAAGGUAGUAGUGAUACUCUGGGAUAGUACCAACACUCUGCUACUAUUUAUAUCUUACGGUGAAGUUGUCCAAUGACGCGAAGGACACACAUAGGCACUCCGUAGUACCGAAGGAAUCUCCAGAAAUCCUGGGGAUUAGGAUCCCAGCUUGUGGAAAAUCGAAACACGUGAUGAUAACCCUCUCUUGCCCAGGAAAAUGCAAGCUGGAGAGCCUAUGGGUGGCAGAAA